CACAAAUCAGCUGCUAAGUAUUAGAAAAGCUAGUCAAGUUCUUCUCAUCAUCAAGACAUGGCGGCUUCUGGUUCUGUUAGGUACUAUAGUAGAACUGGACCAGACGGAGAUGACUUCCAAUGCGAUCCUUUUGUUCAACCUCAAGGAGAACAUAAGGCCACUAUUGUCUGGCUGCAUGAUAAGGAUGAUUACUAUUUCGAUUCAGUUAAGUUUGCGAAAACUUUGAAUCUUGAAAAUGUCAGGUGGAUAUGUCCAGCUAUGGUUUACACAAAUACAUCUAAUUACGACUUCGGAUGUAAUAUCAAACGAGAUUCUCAAGAGACAUUAGAUUCCGCAGCUACCCUUGUUGCUAGUCUUUUCUCGCGUGAACCACCAAAUGUCAUAAAAGGAGUAGGAGGUUCGGGCAUGGGUGCAGUAGCAGCUCUCCACUUUGCAAGAAACUGUGCUCUUGGACAUUAUCCUAUGAAUCCCCAACUUGUUGUCGGAAUUGAUGGAUGGCUUUCUAUUGCGGGGAGCCUCAAAAGCAGUAUAGACGCUACAGUUGGGGCUGCGGCUCGUGCUGCAUCGCAGUCCAUCUUACUUGCCCAUGAAACUGAUGUCUCAGAUGAUCGUAGGCUUCCUUACACCUGUGAUGAAGAAGUUGUUGUGUCCCUUAGAGAGGCUGGCUUUGGAGAAGUCAUGUUCGUACCAUACUUAAGCCUUAGAAGAAUGGUCAUCAGGUCGCUCUUAGCGUAAGAGAUGAAGCUCCCAAUCAUCAAGACUAAAUAAAUCUCUACCAUAUAAAGAAUUAAAGACCGUGCGCAUUAUAUAUAUAUAUCAUCGUUUGUUUUAUUUGUUAUGAGAGUGACUCAUGGGAUAUAUAUGUAAUAAGUUAUAUGAUUUUUAAACUCUAUGGUAUAGUUUGUGUUUCCUUCUCCUUUCUUCACUUAUUCAUCAAG